CCUGUGUAUCGCACUUGAUGUAUGUAAUAUAGGAUCCUUCCGGAUAGAAAGUGUAGACAGUCACAAAAUAUAAUUCAUACGUGUGUCUUUUUUACAGGGGCGGACGUCAUGAAACUAUCAAGGGCUACCAACGAAACAAUAGACCCCAAAUUAGUGCAAGUGGUAUUGGGGCGAUAUCACUUGCUCGAAGAGCAAGGAGAAGGAUCUGCCAUACGUAAAGUCGCGAGCUACGUGAUUCACCCCGAUUAUGAGCACUAUAUUAGCACUGAUUUCAAUAUGGCGGUUUUGACCCUCGAGAGCCCCGUCGAGUUCACUCCUUUUAUCAGGCCUAUUUGUCUAUGGUCUGGUUCACCUACAUUUGAAAAAGUCAUUAAUAGGGUAGGAUACACCGUAGGAUGGGGUAAAGACGAGCAUGAGCAACGUGAUUCUCAAUUACAACGGAUGUUGAAGGCGUCGAUAAUGAGUCUAGAGGACUGUAUCAAGGAUGAUAUUGGAUACUCUUAUGUGACCACAAAUAAUACUUAUUGUGCUCGUUCCCUUGACAACAACCGUCCUUGUUGGGGUAACAGUGGGGACGGGAUGAUACUUCUGAACAAUAUCACUGGCAGUUAUGAGUUGCGUGGCAUUAUUGCGGGAAUUUUAGUUCCACCCGGCUAUGCCUUCUGCGAUCCACGAUUACACGUCAUCUAUGUCGAUGUGGCCAAAUACGUACCCUGGAUUCAAGAACAAAUUUCGGUGUAACGUUCGUCUCCAGUCGCAAAACGCAAUAAAUGGUAAUCGAUAAGUUUCUUUAUGUAAAGUUUAUUCGAUGAUGCGGUACUUAUAUGUAAACAGUUACUCACUAGAAUUAAGUAGUUACGAAUUUUGCUUUUGAUUAUAUAUUCCGAGUAUUCUUCUAACGUCUUUCUAAUCUGGAUACAAGGCAGAAUAAAUAAGUAACAUACAU